AGCGCAAGAGCGAGAGAACGAGAGAGCGUAAGCGCUAUAGUUUUUCAGUUUUGCGGCCCUACUGAACAAUAGAAGAGACUAGAGAGUCGAGUCCCCAUUCUACAUAGCUACCCAUCGGAGAAGAGAAGAACAUGUCCGAGAUAACAUCAAAUCCGCUUAUCAAAGUAAAGGAGAUUGAAGGGAGAGGGAGAGCUUUGAUUGCUUCCCAGUCGGUAAAACCUGGUCAAGUACUUCUCAGAGAUUCUCCAAUCCUUGUUUACUCCGCUGUUCCUCUUCAAAAUGGGGUUCCCUCUAACUUCUGCUCCAACUGCUUCAGAAGGCUAGACGCUUUGGUCCCUUCGUCUCCAGCCAUUACCUGCAACUCCUGUUCAAUUAACACCCUCUUCUGCAGCCCUAAUUGUCAAUCCAUCGCCCUUGCCUCGUCCCACUCUCCCUGGGUCUGCCAAGCCCUAAACUGUAUCCGUAACUCUCAGUAUCUAACCCCAGACCUCCAAAUACAAGCCCAGUUCCUUGUUUCCGCUUACAACCUCACUGCUGUCUCCCCUUCCAAUUUCCAGCUCUUACUGUCACUUCAAGGUGAACCUCCUUCUACCCAGAAUGCAGAAACCCUUCUCCUCCACUCUUUCAUCGCUUCUCUCUUGCCUCCUCAGAGUUUUGCUGGGUUUUCUCCGGAGCUUACUGCUGCUCUGCUCGCAAAGGACAAACAAAACGCCUUUGGUUUGAUGCAACCAUUUGAUAAAGACAAGGAGAGAACAGUGAGAGCUUAUGUUAUCUACCCCAAAGCUUCUUUCUUCAACCAUGACUGUCUUCCGAAUGCUUGUAGGUUCGAUUAUGUGGAUAGUGCUGGGGAUCGGAACACGGACGUUAUAGUGAGAGCUAUCCAUGAUAUUCCGGAAGGGCAGGAGAUAUGUUUGAGCUAUUUCCCAGUGAACUGGAACUAUGCGGACAGGCAGAGGAGGUUGUUGGAGGAUUAUGGAUUUACCUGUCAAUGUGACCGUUGUAAGGUGGAGAUGAAUUGGAAAGAGGAGGAAGAGGACGGCAUGGAAGAGGACAACGAAGACGACGAGCAAAUGGAGGGUUCAGAGGGUUCAGAGGAGGACGAGAAUGCCAUUGAAGAAGAUGUUGAUUUCCCUCACGCUUAUUUCUUUCUGCGAUACUUAUGUGACACAGAGAACUGUGGGGGUACAUUGGCUCCGCUACCACCAUCAGAGGCUACUCCUGAUCUCAUGGAGUGCAAUGUUUGCGGGCGGAUAAGAUCUCAGGAAGAGGUUGGAGAGGAGUCCAGAGAUGGUAUUAUGGUGGACUAGUGAAGGUACCAUUACCAGAAUUUGGGAUCAGGGAAGGAUCUACUAUGAAGAAGCUGGAAGCUGGAAGCAGGAAGCAGGAAGCAGGAAGCAGGAAGCAGGAAGCAGGAAGCAGGAAGCAGCUUGGGUUAUAAGUUCAUGUCCUACUUGUGCUUGUGGAACAGUUUUUUUAACCCUUUUUCCCCGUCUUAGUAGAUGGGGGUGGGUAGGUGAUAGGGUGAGAGGAGCAUGAUAUAAAGAAUCAAACAAAUCUAUUGUUGCCAUUGAUUUGUACUUUAAUUUAUCGUGUCCAAAUGGCAAUACUAAAAGAACACCCACAUCUUCAAGUUUUGCA